CCUAAAUAACGAUAUAAGAGGAGAGGUGAAUUACUAAAAAAUAUUACUUAAUUCUAUCUUUCCUGAGGCAUAACCGGCAUCAAGACCUUCUUUCAUCUCAUCAUAACUGAAAAGUUUACUCAUUUUGAUAUCUGGUUUGAAUUCACGGCGUGAAAAUGUGUGGAAUUUUUGCUUAUCUUAAUUUCUGUGUCCCAAGAAAUAAAAAAUACAUCUUACAAACUUUGAUCAAAGGGCUUCAAAGGCUUGAAUAUAGAGGAUACGAUUCUGCAGGUGUUGCUUACGAUUCGAAUAACAACACUACAAGGAUCGUAAAGAAAAGGGGAAAGGUUGCAGCCCUAUCCAAACACAUUGAAGAUCAAGAUGAAUUCAAAAAUGGUGAAAAAACAGACAUUCAUGUUGGGAUUGCACACACUCGCUGGGCAACUCACGGAGAACCAAAUGAACUCAACAGUCAUCCACAAAGAUCUGGUCAAGACAAUGAAUUUGUUGUUGUGCACAAUGGAAUCAUUACAAACUACAAGGACAUAAAAGUUUAUCUGGAAGGAAAAGGGUUCAAGUUUGAAUCUGAAACAGAUACAGAGGUCAUCCCAAAACUUGUCAAAUAUGUUUACGACAAAUCUAAAAAGGAAAACAAGGAAUUGCAGUUCAGGCAGUUGGUUGAGUUGGCCAUCUCUCAACUGGAAGGAGCAUUUGCUUUGGUUUUCAAGAGCCGUCAUUUCCCAGGACAGAUUGUUGCUACCAGGCGUGGUAGUCCCUUGUUGGUUGGUAUUUCUACCAAAACUCCUUUAAAGGCUGAUAAGCUCCCAGUAAUAUACAGYGAAGGGGAUUUUAGGUUAGAAGGUUCUGGAAUUGGCAGCUCCAAUGUGAUAAAGAAUGAAGAAAUGGAUGGCAACUGGUCAAUCCUGCAUGAGGAGGGUGCAUCUAUUGAGUAUUACUUUGCUUCUGAUGCAAGUGCAGUGAUAGAGUACACUAACAGAGUGAUCUACUUGGAAGACAAUGAUGUGGCUGCUGUCGUUGAUGGAAAUCUUACGAUUCAUCGCCUAAUACAACAUGAUGAAUCUGAUGAUGACUAUUACAGAAGCGUGCAGACUUUGCAGUUGGAACUACAAGAGAUCAUGAAAGGAAACUUUGCUUCAUUCAUGCAGAAAGAGAUUUUUGAACAACCAGAGAGUGUGGUAAACACCAUGAGAGGCCGAGUUAACUUUGAAAAUAACAAUGUGCUUUUGGGAGGACUCAAGAGUUACAUGAGUACCAUUAGAAGAUGUCGUCGCAUCAUGCUUAUUGCUUGCGGAACCAGCUUCCACAGUGCAGUAGCAACAAGACAACUUUUAGAGGAGCUAACAGAGUUGCCAGUUGUGGUAGAGUUGGCCAGUGAUUUCCUGGACAGAAGAACACCAGUUUUCAGAGAUGAUGUGUGUUUCUUUAUCAGCCAAUCAGGAGAGACUGCAGAUACACUCAUGGCUUUGAGAUACUGCAAGGGGCGUGGUGCACUUAUUGUGGGCAUCACCAAUACAGUUGGUAGCUCCAUCUCUAGAGAGAGUGUAUGUGGAUGUCACAUCAAUGCAGGACCAGAAAUAGGAGUUGCAAGUACAAAGGCCUAUACCAGCCAGUUCCUCACAUUAGUCAUGUUUGGCUUAAUGAUGGCUGAGGACAGAAUCUCAAUGCAGGAAAGAAGAAAGGAUAUCAUCAAAACCUUAAAAGAACUCCCAGACCUGAUUAAGGAGGUUCUCAAGCUGGAUGACCAAAUAAAGUCCUUAGCAGAAGAGAUGUACAAACACAAAAGUCUUUUAGUGAUGGGCAGAGGAUACCAGUUUGCUACAUGCUUGGAAGGUGCCCUGAAAAUCAAAGAGUUGACAUACAUGCAUUCAGAAGGUAUCUUAGCUGGAGAACUGAAACAUGGUCCAUUGGCGUUGGUUGAUAAAGACAUGCCUGUCAUGAUGAUUGUUGUACAAGAUGCUGUACAUGUUAAAUGCAUGAAUGCACUCCAUGAAGUCACUGCCAGAAAAGGCCGUCCUAUCGUGAUUUGUAACCCRGGUGACAAGGAUGUCCAGUGUCAUGCAAGCCGUGUACUAGAGGUUCCCAAGAUUGUUGACUGUCUUCAGGGACUGCUGACAGUCAUUCCUUURCAGCUCUUGUCAUUCCAUCUUGCUGUAAUGAAAGGAUACGAUGUUGAUUGUCCACGAAAUCUGGCCAAGUCAGUCACAGUUGAAUAAAAUAACUGUUAGAGAAGAUCAUUUUAAUCCUAUUUUAGCAGGCACAUUUUAACUCCAUGUGCCCAGUUGAUAUAUCACAGAGUGACAAUAAUGACUCAAAGUAGAGCUGUCCUAACUUUAAUCUCUAUCGGCAUUUAGUAUUAUUAUUCUCUUUCAAUUAUAGAUUGUUGUUAGAGUAUAAUAAAUUGAAAAGAAAGACAGUUAUUAGUUAGGAGCAUUGUAAGGUAGUCUGUAGGUAGGUGGUUUGGUUGAUUCAUCUACAGGUGUAGUAAAUAAUUAGUUACACCCAUUUUCAUAAUUAUGUGACCAACUCAGCCCUAUAGACAUCUCUGGGUUUUGGGCUCUAUCAAAAAAUUACUAUUCAGACCCUUGAGUUUGAUUGGCAGAAGCCAAAAUCGCAGAGACAUCUCUAAUUAUAGCUAGUUGUCUGGCUGGCGUAAUUAUGGAAAUGGGUAUACGUCUGAUUGAGACAAACUUUCAUUGACUGGUUAUCAGGCAUUAGACUGUCAAUCAAAUAUUCAUCUCCAUUAACUUCUCGCAGUUCCCAUACAUUACUUGAGUUUGUUGUAAAUUAUUGCUGUAACAAUGAAAACAUAUAGAGGAUAUUACAUGGGCACGCGGAGAUACAAAUUUUAUCUUCAAGUGUUCAAUUGAUAUCUCACGAGUGAGCGCAGC